AUGUCAAAUUCACCUGCAAUUUACUCGAAUAGAGUUUUGCAACAAAAAUUAAACAGAGAAGAACAAAAAAUCAAUUAUCAACAUGUUAUUAGUAGUGACUCGGAUUCAGAUUCAAAUUCAACAAUCCAUCGAUAUGAUGACAAUGAAUAUGAUUUAACAGAUAAUGAAGCAUCGAUAGCAACGCAUCAUCUAACUGAUAAAUUUCUUGAAGAGAACUAUGUUCCAGAUAAUUAUGAUAGUAUAGAUAGUGGUACCGCUAAUUUAGUUCCAUAUAACUAUUCACCACCAUUAUAUGAACACGCGACUGUGACGACCAACGAAGCAGUCAAUCGUUUGAUGCAAUUUUUUAUUAAGUCAAACUUCGACAAAAAUAAAGUAAUUAAUAUGAUGCGUCUAAUCAAAUCUAUUUUACCGUCGCCCAACAAAUUACCGACAACGUUUCGACAAAUACUUCGAACAUAUGGUAAAACUCCAUCUUCUAUCGAAAAAUUCUAUUGCAACAAUUGUUUCACUUUAACAACAAGAAAAAAUGGUCAGCACUAUUGUAAUAACACAAGCUGUCGUUUUCGCAACUCUCAAUUAUCAAAAAAACAAGUAACAGAAGUUGUUAUUGUAAAUAUAAGAGAGAAAUUACAAUCAAUUAUUAAAAGAAAUUUUUCUUUAUUCACUGGAAGUGAGAAACUAUUCCCAUCAUUUGAUAUACCAAGUGGUGAACGUUAUGGAAUCAAAACAAAAGAAACACUUCAUCCAAUUACAUUAGUCAUUCAUGCAGACGGUGCACCUCUAAUUCGAUCGACUAAGUCAGCAGUAUGGCCCUGUUUCAGUGCAAUUGUUGAGAUACCACCACCUGUAAGAGAAUAUCAAUCGAACAUAUUAACUUUAGGCUUAUGGGUUUCAACUAUUAAACCGAAUGUGAAUUUAUUUUUGGAAGGUAUUAUCGAACAAUUAUUGAAUUUAUCAAAUCAUGGUACGUCGAUUUUUGUUCAUGAACAUGAAUUUAGAAUAAAUGUCAAGACUCAAUAUUUUGUAUCGGAUUUACCAGCUAAAUCGUUAUUUAUGAAAACAAUAAAUUUUAACGGCUACUUUGCUUGUACAAAUUGUAUAACUGAAGGUGUUUUACAUAAUAAACAAAUUAUUUAUCCUUAUGCAAGUAACAACUACCGUCCUAGAACUCAUGAUGAAUUUAUCAUAACCGCUAAACAGGUUGAACAGAAUUUGAUUAUUGGUGGUAAACGUUGUACUUCAAUAAGUGGUAUUAAAGGAUUAUCAUCUUUACUAAAAAUAUUUCAUUAUCCAGUAGAUAUAAUAUACGAUUAUAUGCAUCUGGUAUGUUUGAAUCAUGUACCGACAUUAAUAAAACGUUUUAUUGAAAUUAUAUCAAAAGAUACAGUUGCCGAAAUCGACUCUAUUUUAAAACAUAUUAAAAUUCCACAUGAUGUUAAUGUUAAAUUCAUUUUUUCGAUUCAAUCGAUACAAGAUUGGAAAGCGAAACAUGUACGACUUUUUAUCUUGAAUUUAGGCCUUCCAAUAAUGACUCAAUAUUUGCCAAUUUCUUAUUCAUCACACUUUUCUAUCUAUUGUCUAUUUAUCAAAAUACUGCAUUGUCCUAAAUCAUUAGAAGAAAUUCAAUUAGCUGAAAAACUAAUCCACUACUAUUGUAAAACGUCAUCAAGUAUUUACGAUAAAAAAAUAGAAUUAUAUUCUUUACAUGCUCAUCUUCACUUGCCUGCACAAGUAAGGAACCAUGGAGGACUAGCUUUUACAUCAUCGUUCUGUUUCGAAUCAAUGAUCAAUCAUCUUUAA